AACUGUCAACACGGAUUCUGGACUAAACCAGCCCAUCUUUUCUUUUCGUACGUCGAAGAAAAUGUUAGAAAGGGCGACAUUUCCCACAGUAUACCGGAAUAAAACCCUGUAUUUGUAGACUUUCUGACUGUGGUUACAUCAGGUUUGGAAGGAGGGAUGCCGGUGGAGAGUGGGAGCAGCGCCGCCGCCCGCCAGGCCAAGCAGAAAAGGAAGUCCCACAGCCUGUCCAUCCGCAGGACCAACAGCACGGAGCAGGAGAGAUCUGGCCUGCAGAGAGACAUGCUGGAGGGACAGGACUCCAAACUGCCUCUGUCUCUUAGGAGCAAUCUGCUGGACCUGUUCAGCCAAAUCGAGAGGGAGUUUGAAAACCUCUACAUAGAAAACCUGGAAUUACGCAGAGAGAUCGAAACACUGAACGAUCGUUUGGCUGCAGAGGGGCAGACUUUCGAAGGGGCAGAUUUAGCCAAAGGAGCACUUAAAACAAAAGCAAGUCAUAGCACAAGUCAGCUGUCACAGAAACUAAAGACGACCUACAAGGCUUCCACAAGCAAGCCACGUUCAAAUUCUUGCCAUGCCAGAGUAGGUGGAUCCCGCAACUUCAGCGUAACCAGUUGGGAGUUGUGGGGUGGAGAUUCAUGGAUUGUGUCCAGUUUCAAAGCGACCACGUCCAGAGCCGUGUGCCAGCUGGUCAGGGAGUAUGUCGGCCACAGGGACGGCAUCUGGGACCUCAGCGUCACCAGGACACAGCCUGUGGUGCUGGGAACUGCAUCUGCAGACCACACUGCGAUGCUAUGGAGCAUUGAAACUGGGAAGUGCCUCCUCAAAUAUUUGGGCCAUCAAGGAUCAGUCAACUCCAUCAAGUUCCACCCCACUGAACAGAUGGCUCUCACAGCCUCUGGAGACCAGACAGCUCACAUCUGGAGAUACAUGGUGCAGCUGCCGACUCCACAGCCUGUUGCUGACAUGAGUCAGCAGACGCCCUGUGAAGACGACGUGGACUUUUCAGAUAAAGAUGAGGCCGAUGGCGAAGUCGAUGGUCCAAACGACUGUCCCUCUGUUCGCAUAGCAACCACUACACUGCGCAGCCAUCAGGGUGUGGUGAUUGCUGCUGAUUGGCUGGUGGGAGGCAAACAGGUGGUGACAGCAUCCUGGGAUCGAGCCGCCAACCUUUACGACGUAGAGACCUCAGAGCUGGUCCACUCACUUACUGGCCAUGACCAGGAACUCACCCACUGCUGCACACACCCCACACAGCGUCUGGUGGUCACCUCGUCCAGAGACACCACCUUCAGACUGUGGGACUUCAGAGACCCAUCCAUCCACUCUGUCAACGUGUUCCAGGGACACACUGACACGGUGACGUCCGCUGUGUUCACGGUGGGAGACAACGUGGUGUCUGGGAGCGAUGAUCGAACUGUCAAAGUGUGGGACCUGAAGAACAUGAGGUCGCCCAUAGCAACCAUCCGCACAGACUCUGCUGUCAACAGGAUCAGCGUGUCGGUGAACCAGAGAAUCAUUGCUCUUCCUCACGACAAUCGGCAGGUCCGGCUGUUCGACAUGUCCGGGGUGCGACUGGCUCGACUCCCACGAAGCAACAGACAGGGUCACCGGCGCAUGGUGUGCUGCUCAGCCUGGUGUGAAGACAACAUCUCCUGCAACCUGUUCACCUGUGGCUUUGACCGACAGGCCAUCGGCUGGAACAUCAACAUCCCCGCCCUGCUUCAGGAGAAAUGACCUCCACCUCCUCCUGCUACUACUGUAACCUGACAGUGACACUCCACCCAGGGUUUCUGUUCAGAGUGUCAGACACCAUCACCUGUAGGCUGAAAAGGUGGCUGUAAAAAGUGUAGUUUCGCCCUUCUUUUUAUCUGUGAAAACUUGUAACACUGAUAUAAUUUGAGCCACGACUCAACAAAGGAUAAAAUCACUUUUAACAUCCGUCUUUAGAGCCUACAUGAGGUCAGUAUUUGAUACUCAAAGCUCCCUUAGGGCCAGGGCGAGAAAAGGACUUGCUCUGUCCACUGAAUCUGCCACACUCUUUAAAUCACCACCGCCAAAAUAUACACAACACGUGUGUGUUUUUGCGUGGAAACGGUUCCUCGCCAAAAAAACAAAAAACACAAACCUGCAUACCACUUAUGAAAAAAAAAAAGCACAGAGGUUCCUCUUUGUUGAAAACUAAAAAGCAGAACAUUUUACUAAUGCGGAAGAGAUAGAUAAGUGAGGCGCUGCACAUGUCUGCUUAGUGCUGAGUUAAGCUUCAAUACAGCAAAUCUAAUCUUCAAGUAAGGACCAGGAUGGCAGUCUUGCUUUAAAGAAGAAAAACCACUAGUUUUAUAUAUUAGUUUUUUGUGAUGAGUCCAUUUCAGAAGUUAAUCUGUGAUAACUUGUCUUCAUUUACCUUCUGCUUUAUUGAAAUCUCCUGAUUUCCAUGAUGCUGCUGGUCCAGGUGGCUGCGUUGUAUUCUAGUCUCAUUUUUUAAAUUUUUUUAUUAGUCCCUGUUCAACAGUAGAUUUCUUCAAGUGUGAUUGGACGUUGAACGUUAAUGCAAAUGGCACUUCAAGAAAGAAGCUCUCGCUUUUGUGUUAUGCUAUGAUGCUAAAAUCUUCUUUUUGCCACUGAUCUCGAAGCAUCUAUAAGGUGAUGAGGUGGAUUUUUCCUUCUUACUUUCACUUUUUUUGUGUGGCACCUGAGAUUCUUGGCUUAAUAUCUAUAAUACACAUAAUACUAUAAAUAACUGGUCAGAUGACGGAUUAUCACAUUUUGGAAUUAAACUGUCAUUUUGUUUGUCGCAGCUCAGUGUAAGGAUAUUUCUGUGUGAGCAAGUAAUGCAGCUUUAAGAAGAAAAAAAAUACCAAUAGCUGUUACAAUUUCUCUUGUUGCUCUUUUGGAAAAAAAGGUUGAGUGGAGAAUUUAGCCAACAGCCAGAUGCUGGUGGAUGUUGGCUGCUGACUAGUAAGAUUGUUCGUCACAUACAACAAAAGGGAUUUCAUGGUCUUGUUCUGUACAGACAAAAAUGGAAGUGGCUGAUAAUGGAGCUGCAAUCAUCUGUUUUUGUUUCUCUGAUGACCUGUGAAAUGUGUGGAAAACAUCUCCUGUGCUGGCAGGGAUUCUGUAUUUUCACUAGAAAGAUAUCUCCUCAGUGUGGAUACACACAUGCUGGUGAGGCUGAAAAUAGUACCGCCACACUACAUGUCACAAUCCUGGAUGGCUGUCAGACUGAACCUGAACACCGAGAUACUCAGGCAUUCAUUAAAUUUGAUAUGGAAAGAUUGAGGGAAAUGUGCCUGGUGGGCCUAAAGUAACUAAAAACAUGGUGACUUCCAUUUAACUCAGAUAUGUAUGAUAACUAUUAAAUUGUUUCUAUACUGCAUUUAUAAAGAAGAUCCUAAAUGCAGCUCAUCACUUCUAUGAUCAGAUUUCCAGAACUUCCUGUUUACAGCAAAAUUCAAAUCACAGAUAACUGUUUGUGAUUAAUUAUAAUUAAUAGAUGAAUUCAAGGUAAUUAAAGUUCAUCUUGAUGUAUUUUCUUUGCAUUUGAGCCAAAGAUAGCAAAAGUAAAUUGAAUAGCUGCUCCAAACUUUUAUCAUCUCGAUACCAAUAUUAAAAUAGAUUAAUGCUGUUGUAAUAAAGCUUCCAGCCACCAGCUGAUAAGUGACGGAGAUGCUGCCUUUAUUUUAAAUAAUCUUCCAUAAAACAUAUUGUGAAUGUGUUAGUGAUCAAAACGUUUGGUUUCUGUCUGAUAACCACCGAGCAUCAUGACACACAGUGUGACGGUCCUGUGUCAGGGCUCACUUCUGUCAGAUGACUGAGACUUCCUGUUUGCUGGUCAGUGUUGUCUCCACUGUGGACGAGCAAGUGAAUCCACUGAAGCUCUGAGCCGCUGAAUUUAAAGUCACUCCAGCGUGGAGCUGCACAGUGUAGGUGUGGGCUUUUCUCACUGCACUGACAGUGUUGCUCUCUCUUCAGUGUGGUGUUAUAAAUACAUUGGUCACAUAUGUCGGCUCCCUCUCCUUUGUGGAGGCUUUAGUGUUUCAGGUGUGGGCCCCAGUGGUCAGGUUUCUCUCUCAAAUCAUCUUUAACGUGAUCUGACUGUGUUUCUGUUUCUGUUUCUGUAAAGCCACAAAGAGCCACUGUGUGUCUACUACACAGAAGAAACAGUCAGCUCUGUGGACAGUUGAAUGAUUGGAGGCUGAUAAAUGUGUAGACAUACAGCGCUCAGCAUUGUGCCGUCUAAGAUUGGUGUGCAGGGUUCUGUGUUUCUGUAAUUACUCUGUAUGUGCACACUUUAAAUCUUUAGUCUCUGAGAAAAAAAACACCUGUUCAGAGGCUUGUUUAACAGAGAAAUAAUACCUAUAAUAUAUCUUUAACUUUGAAGGACUAAAUAGACUCUAGCAGCCUUUCCCCCUAUUAGGGCCAUUGAUUGAUGUUAAAAUUAUUUAGUCAGCUUCUUGACUCAAGACAAACAAAAGAAAAGCAAGUGAGAAUGAGAAAAGCAAAAUUGUAUUUGCUAAUUACGCGCUUAAACAGAAAUAAAUAACCACAAACAUUUAGCUAAUUGUUGCUACUGCUCAUGUCUGUUGGGCAGCAGUAACUAUAAAGAACAAAAAGGUGUUUUUCUGUAAAUUGUGAAAAUUAUUUCUCAAACAAAGCCAUACUUUUCUAAUCAAUCAUCAAGGGAUUUUCUUUUUAGUUCCUUAGUUUAGUUUCUGGUUCUUCUUCGUUGCUGUGACUACGUUGCCUGAAAGAGGUUGUAGGGAGUUUGAUCAAUUGGUCACUUUAUGCAGUGGCACCAUAAUCCGAUAUUAACCCAUUAGCAUAAAUCAGCUCAGUUACAAUGGAUGGUGAGAAUAAUUCUAAAAGGGCAGAAAAUGAGAACUUGCAGCUGCUACAUGUAAAUUUGAAUGUCUUGUUAAAUAGACACUAAAUUCUAUAAUGGUGCACUUUAAGCAAAAUGUUUGUUUACACAGGAAGUGAGAAUAAGUCCCCUUUGUUAUCAUCCUGUUCUCAAACCAGUUUUCAAGUAGAUCAUCUCUUUCAUCCACAAAUCUUAAAACUUAUGGCAUAAAAUUAAUUUGAAUUAAAACUCUAAAAGUAGCUUCAGUGUACCGUGUCUAUCAACAGCCCACACAGGGAUAAUUCUUGGUCUGACAUGACCACUGGACCAAACUUUCACUGAGUCUGUAGAGUCCUGUCAGAGUAUAAGGAGUUAUUAUGGAGCGAUUUUAGCAGAUGUGUAGAGAAUAAGAUGGGUCUGCUGUGUUCUGUGGAGACAUGCAGAUUGUUUUAUACACAUUGCACAAAUAAAAUAUGAUUUCUGUCAACACAAAAAAAAGGGAUUAAUUCAAAUCUGGCGUCAUAUUUGAUAUGCAGGAAGUGAUGAUGAAACAUUUCCUCUGAUGCCCCGCCUAGCUGUUGUACCAGGACUUGAAAUGAUUGUGAAAAAAAAAAGAAGGCUUUUUUCUAGUUUAUCGCAGUGCCCUUUAUUAGUGUUGAAACACUGUUGUGGGGAUUCUGUCAGUGUCAUAUUUGUUAUGGUACUUUAAAACAAGUCAAAUCCCUGAGUGUUGUGAUGCAUUCGCUUACACCUUCUUUCGCUUCACCACUCUCACGAAAACACUCCACCCAAAGCUGCAUUCAAGUGAAUGGGAGAGGCUGUAACAAUGUGUGUGUGUGUGUUUCAGAGUAUUUUACCAUGUUACCAGAACAAGGUCUGUGUGUGUGUGUGUGUGUGUGUGUGUGUGUGUGUGUGUGUGUGUGUGUGUGUUGAUACAAAUCGAUGUCUAAAAUCGUGUUUAAUGUAAUACCAGGCAGUUCGUGAUUCGACUGCAGCACAGCUGUCGUACUGCUGUUGUACUUUAACGUGUGUUAUCGACAGGGCUCAUUAGUUACCACAGUGACGCGAUGAACAAGCACAGUUCAUUUCAAAUCGAUGUUUUUUUGUGAGUCUAGCUUUAGAUCUGUGGAGCGUUUAGCUGGUUUGUAACAGCGCUGUUCAUCGACAUGACAAAAAUUUGUCUCUUUAGUGGGUAAAAAAACAUUUUGGUGGAUACCCACAGUUUCAGUGUUUGUUUAUUUGGUAACACUUAACAGCUGCCUUUUGAAUGUAUUUCUAACAAUGGAAAAGCCUCAUUAAUACCAUGUUUGUUAGCAGCUGUAAAAACAGCAUAAUUUUCAAUAAACUAAAGUGCUUACAGUACUUGUCAAAAGGCACAUGUAAAGUGUUAACCUCCUAAUACUUUUAAACAUAACAUUUGUACUAUAUAAAUUGUAAUAUAUGAAAGAAAGCAGCCAAUUGGGCUGCACAGCGUAUUUUAGCUGCAGCAGUUUUAUUAUUAGCCUUUAUAACUUGAUGACAUGAUCCUGCAUUUCUUUUUUUUUUUAUUUUAUGUAAAUCCAUUUUAUUGCUUCAUGGGUGAAGAUGUCAGUUAAUCUGUAAAGGUUUUACAUUCACGAAAGACUGAGUUAGUUUUAUCAUUUUAACCAGGGAUGGUCUUAGUUUCUUAGUGGAACCAACAAGUUUUGCGUUGGGUUAAUUUAAAAAUGAUCACUUUACAGCUGCAGACUAAACUUUCCCAAAAGCAGUAUAAUAAUAUUGUAACUUACAUUUUAAAAAGUUGUUAUAUUAGUUGUUAAGGUGUGAAUUUUGAUAUACUGUAUUUUUGUAUUCUGUAGGAAUACCUUUUUUUCUGGCUACCUGCUGCAGUUCUGGCUAAAAGUCCUUAAAAGGGCAUGGGCUUUAAUUUCCUCUUUAAAAAAAAAAGUCUGUAUUACUAGUAUUUUAGCAGAGACCACUGAUGUUGUUUCCCCUCUUGCAAAAGAAGUCAUCCUUGCUUUAAAUGAUAAAACAUUUUGUUUGUGUGAAGAAAAUAAAAGGUGUGUUUUUGUGUGCGUGAGUGAGUGAAUGUUUGAUCUGUUGUUCAUCCAAUAUCGUUUUAUUCCUGACAGUUUAAGCAAGUUUCACUGCAUUUUCUACCAGCACUGAGCAACUCUGUUACCAUGUUCAUAAUUCACAGAUUUUAACUGAAUGUUCAGUCAUACUCUUCACGCUCUCAAUCACAGUAAAACCAGAUCACAUGAUCACUAAGCAUCGGCCAUCUCAAAUCUGCCGUCUUGAAGCCUUGUAUAACUGUGGCUCUGUGGUGUGAACAGUGUUACGUGUGAUCGAAGUGGUUGAUGUAGAACAACAAACACCACAGCUCAGUUCUCAGAAAAGAAAAGAAAAAGAUGAAAACCUGUUGGAUCGACUUGACCGCGGUUUUGUGGAUUAUAGCUGUGUACUGAGGAACAAGCAUCUGCUUGUGAAAUCAAAAUAAACCAUUUGUGCUG